AUGGCAAAGGUGAACGAUCUUAUAAAUAAUGCCAAUAAUUUAAAGGAUCACCCAGAGGUUGCCUUUCCUUUGUCAAGUGAGGACAAAGCUUCUGGAAGACCUAAGCACGUCAAAAGAAAAACUGCUCUCCCAAAGGAUUUUGUCCGUCACAAGCACAGGCAUCUCCUUGUCCAAAACAAAUUAAGUGAAAUUAGAAAAAUCUUAAAAGAAGGAAUUAUAGAUGUAAUAAAGGAACAUUUAGAGGAGAAACCUCUUAAAAAAACCAUUCAAAAUAUCAAAAAAGAAACCCAAUUCGCAGAAAAGCAAGAGACUCUCGAAGAAGACCUAACCACCUCCCAGAUGACUACUGGUACGAUAUUCCCAGUCCAAAAAAAACAGAAGAAAAAUGUGCACGACUUUGCUCUGCCAGAUCUAAUCGACCAAACCGCCAUUUCGUUGACGUUUAACCCCAAGUCCGAUGGUUGGUGCGGUUUCCGUGUAUUUGCACGCCUGAAAGAGGGUGGAGAGGAUCAGUUCCCUUUGGUAAAGAAGAAAAUGUUAGCCACGAUUACUACCCACAGUGAGCUCUAUGAGCAAAACUUUGGAAUGGAUAUUGCGGAGGUAACAAAGGUCAUUGCAUUUGGCUCUGACAUUGACCCAGCCAUUGGUAAAAACAUCCCUUACUGUCCUUCCUCCAUGUGGUUCUCUGCGCCAGACUGUGCUCAAAUAAUAGCUGACACCUAUAACGAGCCUGUUUGUGUGUACUCAGACGAUCGGAGCGUCUUGCCCAUAACUUUCCUUCCCCUCCAUGAUCGGAAGCUUUUCAAAAGAAAGCCAUUGCCGAUGGUCUUGCACCAUGUACAUGGGUGCCACUGGACAACAAUCAAAGUUAAGCCUCAUGUACAUCGGUUCUGGCCUGAGGUAAAUGCGCUGUAUUUUGAUGCUAUCCGUAGAGGGAGUAUCACUGACUGUUUUUCUACAAGUUGGAAUCAUUGGGGUCAGUUCCCAAAGAACAAAUCUUAUUUUUUGCCUUCCACUACUAUCACUAACUCUCUUACAAAUUCCCCUGUAAAUUCUUCUGAUAUUAUUGACCUCACACAUAUAUAA